GCUUUCCAGGACCCACCAAUGGAGGAGCAGGAAAGACAGCGGCGGGAGCGUGCCGCGAGAAUAGAGUGGACGGAAGGUCGGAGAGGCCGAAAGGGUUGGGGGAGGAGGUAGCGGACUCAAAGCACUAGGCCUAGUGAGGCGCGACAGGCAGAGCGCCUCAGAGCUCAGGCGGCCGAUCGGCGCCCCGAGCCCCGCGCCGGCAGAUAGCGUGGGUGUGGCCCUUAUCGGCCUCCCCGCGGAGUGCCGGCUGGGUGAAGUCUUGAGACUUCUACCUCUUUCUCCUUCCUUUUCUCUCGUCCCUCUCGUGGCUUCCCAAUGGGUCGGACUGUGGUCGUGCUGGGCGGAGGCAUCAGCGGCUUGGCCGCCAGUUACCACCUGAGCCGGGCCCCCUGUCCACCCAAGGUGAGUGCCCUACUGUGUCCGAGGGAGCCCCCUUUAAUACCCUUCUCCCAUUUCCAGCAAAAGGUGGAUCCUGGCCCGCGGAAUCGCCGCCCCCUUUUCCUCCACACUUUUUACCCCACGGCUGUAGGCGGUGCUGCAGUGGCUCCGUCUCGUCCCCAGGUGGUCCUGGUGGAGGGCAGCGAGCGUCUGGGAGGCUGGAUCCGCUCAGUACGAGGUCCGGAUGGUGCUAUCUUUGAACUUGGACCUCGAGGAAUUCGGCCGGCGGGAGCCCUAGGAGCCCGGACCUUGCUCAUGAUUUCUGAGCUUGGCUUGGACUCAGAAGUGUUACCUGUCCGGGGAGACCAUCCAGCUGCCCAGAACAGGUUCCUGUAUGUAGGCGGUGCCCUGCACGCCCUGCCCACUGGUCUCAGGGGGCUACUCCGCCCUUCACCUCCCUUCUCCAAACCUCUGUUCUGGGCUGGACUGAGGGAGUUGAUCACGCCCCGAGGCAAAGACCCUGAUGAGACUGUGCACAGUUUUACCCAGCGCCGCCUUGGACCUGAGGUGGCGUCUCUAGCCAUGGACAGUCUUUGCCGUGGAGUGUUUGCAGGCAACAGCCGUGAGCUCAGCAUCAGGUCCUGCUUUCCCAGUCUCUUCCAAGCUGAGCAAACCCAUCGUUCCGUGUUACUGGGGCUUCUGCUGGGGGCAGGGCGGAGCCCACAGCCAGACUCAGCACUCAUUCGCCAGGCCCGGGCUGAGCGCUGGAGCCAGUGGUCACUCCGUGGAGGAUUGGAGACGUUGCCCCAGGCCCUUAACACCCACCUGACUAGUAGGGGGGUCAGUGUUCUCAGAGGCCGGCCGGUCUGUGGGCUCAGCCUCCAGGCAGAAGGGCGCUGGAAGGUGUCUCUAGGGGACAGCAGUCUGGACGCUGACCACAUCAUUAGUGCUGUUCCAGCUUCAGUGUUGAGCCAGCUACUCCCUGUUGAGGCUGCGCCUCUGGCUCGUGCCCUGAGUACCAUCACUGCUGUGUCUGUGGCUGUGGUGAAUCUGCAGUACCGAGGAGCUUGUCUGCCUGUCCAGGGAUUUGGACAUUUGGUGCCAUCCUCAGAAGACCCAAGCACCCUGGGAAUUGUGUACGACUCAGUUGCUUUCCCUGAGCAGGAUGGGAGCCCCCCUGGCCUCAGAGUGACUUGCUAUAUUCCCUCCCUAGGUGAUGCUGGGAGGUUCCUGGUUACAGACACUGGAAGCCAGGGGCUGUGUAUUAUCUCGGGAGCUAUUCCAACAGCAAGCACAGGAAGCAGCUGCCACACAAUUAGGACUGAAGGAGCCACCAAGUCACUGUUUGGUCCAUCUACACAAGAACUGCAUCCCCCAGUAUACACUAGGCCACUGGCAAAAACUAGAGUCAGCUACCCAAUUCCUGGCUGCUCAAAGGCUGCCCCUGACUCUGGCCGGAGCCUCCUAUGAGGGGGUUGCUGUCAAUGACUGUAUAGAGAGUGGGCGCCAGGCAGCAUUUCGAGUCCUGGGCACAGAACCUAAUAGCUAAUCCGCAGCUCUCACCUCUUCCUGCCCCUGCUGGCGGGAAUUCUCUCACCCAUGAAAAUAAAAGUUGCUGGAACUUGG